AUGAAGAUAGCGUUGUGCAACCAUAUCGUUUUGAACCAGAGUCAGACCCUGAACAAGAAGAGGCUCCCGAACAAGUUCGAGAAGUUAGGGCUCAACAGGACGUUUCUGAAUGUGAGGCUGUUGUUGCUGGGGAAGAAUGAACUGGACAAUGGCCGAGUGGGAAACCUCAUCCUUGGAAGAGAUGCAUUUCAGACUGAAGCCUUUGAGGUUUCUGAAGAAUAUGUAGGUGAGAAAGUCAAAGGACAGGUGGAGGGAAGACCCAUCACAGUCAUUAACACUCCUGACCUGUUUCAUCCCCAACGCACAAUACAUGAGCUCUCGGUGGCAGUGAAAGAGUGUGUGUACCUGUCUGCUCCAGGGCCUCAUGUAAUUCUACUGGUGCUGCAGCCUGACAACUUCUCAGAGGAGGACAGAGACAAAGUGAAAGACAUACUGAACUUGUUCAGCGAUGAGGCCAUGAACUAUACCAUUGUACUAACUACUGUUAGAAGUGCCCAACAUGGCUCUACAGCUGACGCUGGUGAAAAAGAAGAUCCUUUAGGCCUGAUCAUAGAAGAGUGUAAGAUGAGGCAUCAAGAAUUUGAUAAGAAAUACAGAAUCCAUCAGUUCCUUGAACUCUUUGAGAAGAUAGACAAGAUGAUGGAGGAGAAUGGGGGAAGAUAUCUCACCUGUGAGGAAAUUGGGGUGAUACCAGGGGGCUCAUUACUUCCAGAGAGCAAACAGAAAGCAAAAAGAGGAAGAGAGAGUGAUUCUCACAAAGGGGAAGAAUGGAGGAAGAAGAAGAAGAAGAGAACAGGAGAGAUUGCAGCCAUACAGCAUGCGCAAGAAGUCAUGGCACAGGUUCAACACAAGUUUGAGGAGAAAAUCAAACACCAUGCCCAGACCAACACAGAAUUCAUGAAGUUCAUCAAGUACAUUCCCUGUUUCAGUAAAAUAGCAAAAUAG